CGGGCAGCCUGACUCUUCGCAGCGGCCUUUUGAGCGCCGGGAGCGGAGCACUUCAGCAGCCACUCCGGGAAUCUCACACGGAAUCACGCAGGGAAUCCUCACUCCCUGCCCUGGGGCCGGGCGGGCAGAGGGGGUGUCUGUGAGGGGAGCGGCGCUGCGCCUGCGCCGAGGGGACCCCGGCGGCCAUUUUGCAGCGUCAGGCGGGCGGCGAGGCGCCCCGGCAGCUGCGCAGAGGGGCCCGGGGGAGCCGGCGGGGAGGGCGGGCGGCGCAGGGCUAUGAGUUAAAGAGCCGCCGCCGCCCCGCCGAGUUCGGGCUUUUCCUCCCCGGUGCUCCCCUCCUCCUCCCGUCCCUCGUACCGACAGCCGCCCCUCCCGGGCCGCCCCCACCCCCGCCAGCCGUGCCUGUCCCAGGGCCGCCCGCGCCAUGCCGUCCGUGCCGCUGCCGCCCAAGGAGAGCAACCUCUUCAAGCGGAUCCUGAAAUGUUACGAACAAAAGCAGUACAAAAAUGGACUCAAGUUCUGCAAGAUGAUCCUUUCUAAUCCGAAAUUCGCUGAACAUGGAGAGACACUUGCGAUGAAAGGACUGACCUUGAACUGCUUAGGGAAGAAGGAGGAAGCGUAUGAAUUUGUUCGUAAAGGACUUCGUAAUGAUGUGAAGAGUCACGUCUGCUGGCAUGUCUAUGGUCUUCUGCAGCGUUCAGAUAAGAAAUAUGAUGAAGCCAUCAAAUGUUACCGGAAUGCGCUCAAACUAGAUAAAGAUAAUCUACAGAUCUUGAGAGAUCUCUCUCUGUUGCAGAUUCAGAUGAGGGAUUUAGAAGGAUAUAGGGAGACAAGAUACCAGCUGCUUCAACUGCGCCCCACACAACGUGCUUCCUGGAUUGGAUAUGCCAUUGCAUACCACUUACUAAAAGAUUAUGAUAUGGCCUUAAAAUUACUUGAAGAGUUUAGGAAAACUCAGCAGGUUCCUCCUAACAAAAUAGAUUAUGAAUAUAGUGAACUGAUUUUGUAUCAGAAUCAAGUGAUGAGAGAGGCAGAUCUUUUUCAGGAGUCUUUAGAACAUAUAGAGACAUAUGAAAAGCAAAUAUGUGAUAAAUUAAUAGUAGAAGAAAUCAAAGGAGAGAUGUUACUCAAGUUAGGAAGAUUGAAAGAAGCUGGUGAAGUAUACAAAGAGUUAAUUGAGCGUAAUGCAGAAAACUGGUAUUAUUAUGAAGGCUUGGAAAAGGCCCUACAACCCAGCACUUUAGAAGAGAGGCUUCAGAUUUAUGAAGAAGUUAGUAAAAGACAUCCCAGAGCAGUUUCACCUAGAAGAUUACCUUUAAACUUUGUUUCAGGUGAAAAAUUUAGAGAACUAACGGAUAAGUUCCUGAGGGUUAACUUCAGUAAAGGCUGCCCACCCUUGUUUACCACUUUGAAAUCUUUAUAUUACAAUCCAGAAAAGGUUUCUACAAUCCAGGAGCUUGUUACUGGUUAUGAAGCCUCUUUGAAAACUUGUGACCUUUUUAGUACAUGUGAAAAUGGAGAGAAAGAGCCCCCAACAACACUGCUUUGGGUUCGGUAUUUCCUGGCACAACACUUUGACAAACUUGGCCAGUGUUCUUUGGCCUUGGAUUACAUUAAUGCUGCAAUUGCAAGCACUCCAACAUUAAUAGAGCUAUUCUAUUUAAAAGCAAAAAUUUACAAGCAUGUAGGUAACAUCAAGGAAGCUGCCAAAUGGAUGGAUGAAGCACAGUCUUUGGAUACUGCAGACAGAUUUAUCAAUUCUAAGUGUGCUAAAUACAUGCUGCGAGCAAAUAUGGUGAAGGAUGCAGAGGAGAUGUGCUCUAAAUUCACAAGGGAGGGAACUUCUGCUAUGGAGAACCUUAAUGAGAUGCAGUGUAUGUGGUUCCAGACAGAAUGUGCUGCGGCUUAUCAAAGGCUAGGGAAGUAUGGUGAUGCCUUGAAAAAAUGUCAUGAAGUAGAAAGGCAUUUUUUUGAGAUAACAGAUGAUCAAUUUGACUUCCACACGUACUGCAUGAGAAAGAUGACUCUCCGUGCCUAUGUAGACCUUCUGAGAUUAGAAGAUGUGCUCAGGAAACAUGCCUUCUACUUCAAGGCUGCCCGAUCAGCAAUUGAAAUUUACUUGAAGCUCCAUGAUAAUCCUCUUACCAAUGAAAGCAAAGAGCAAGAAGUGAAUUCAGAAAAUCUCUCAGCCAAAGAAUUGAAGAAAAUGCUUAGUAAACAAAGAAGAGCACAGAAGAAAGCAAAACUUGAAGAAGAAAGAAAGCAUGCAGAAAGAGAACGACAGCAAAAAAAUCAGAAGAAAAAGAGAGAUGAAGAGGAGGAGGAAACUAGUGGACCCAGGGAAGAGCUGGUUCCUGAAAAACUGGAAAGGGUAGAAAAUCCAUUAGAAGAAGCCAUUAAGUUCCUUAUACCACUUAAGAAUCUUAUUGGAGAUGAUAUAGAAACACAUUUAUUAGCAUUUGAAAUAUACUUUAGAAAAGGAAAGUUUCUGUUAAUGUUACAGUCUGUCAAAAGAGCUUUUGCUAUCAACAGGAAUAACCCAUGGCUACAUGAGUGCUUGAUUAAAUUCUCUAAAGCUGUGUCUGACCAUAGUAACCUCCCAGAAAUUGUGAGCAAGGUCCUAACUCAAGAAAUGCAGAAAAUCUUUGUUCAUAAAAACUUGGAGAGUUUUAAUGAAGAAUUUCUCAAACACAAUGCUACCUCCAUUCAGCACCAACUGUCAGGUGCAAAGAUGAUGUAUUUCCUGGACAAAUCAAGACAAGAAAAAGCAAUUGCUGUUGCAACUAGAUUGGAUAAAAACAUGAGAGACAAAAAUGUGAAGACAUUAACAAAGGUUUUUGAGGCAUUGCUUGAUGGCAGUUUUGGAAGCUGCCAUGCUCAGUGUGAAGAAUAUCAAGCAGCAUGUCAUAAACUGUUUCCUUUUACAUCUGCCUUCAUGCCUGCCACAAACGAGGACAACAGCAGCAUUGCAUCUGUGAAUCACACAGCUAUUAACCAUGAUUUGCUGUCCAAUGAAAUCUGAAGUAGUGUGUGCAAGCCCUGUGUGUGUGUAUACUUACAUGCACACAUGUAUAUGAAACUGACUCUCAUUACAUGCUGGCUGGAUACAGAUCAGGGUUACUUUUCUGGGUUGUAUUUUAAUAUCUUUAACAGAUAUCUAAAAAAAAUAAAUAAAUUUGGAUAGUUAAAUGGAGUAUGCUAUUAGGGUUUUUUCCCCUCCCAAUGAAAACUGCCAAUAUUUAUGUAAACAUGUUUAAUCAGCAUUUUUCAUGUUUAUAUUUGUACAGGUUUAAGUCUUUUAAUAAUUCAUCAGCCCUCCCUCACAGUAAUAUGGAUAUUAAAGACUGCUUUCACUUAAGUGUUGUUACAUAUGCAGAUAUAUGUGAACAUAUCUUGUUAAUAAAUUAUCAUUUGAGAGGUUUUAGCAGAAUAAGACUGAAGUGCUGCUUGAAUUGCCCUCUUUGUCUUUACUGUUCUUUAGGGGUUUUUUUUUCCUGGGUUUUUUUGGUUGGACUUCUUUUUUUAAUCUUUGGUCAGUUUGGUUUCUUUUGAAGCACAGCAACAAUGAAAGCACUGGGGGGUUGCAUGUUUUUGUCAGGUGUGUGUCUUAUAUGGAACCAGUGUUCACAGAUAUGAAGAUAAGGUUUGUGUAAAAAAAAAUAAAUCCAAAACAACAAGUAUCUAAGGCUUUUUGAAAACUAUUUCCUCUACCUUGUGUUCCAUAGCUAUUGUUUCCUUAAUUUUAUGGUCAGUUUAACAUUUUAAGGUUUUAAUAUCCUGAAGCAAUUCCCUGAGAAGACAUAAUAUGUUUGAAUACUGUUGUCUUUUUUUCCAUCUCCCCUUUCCUCUUCUUUCUUCUGGUUUCUCCCCAUCUGUUCAUCUAUUGACACUUAGAAUGAAAAAAGCUGCUCCAAUUUUGGGCAAAUGCAGAAGGUACAGUAAUGGGGAAUACAGUUUUUCUCUACAUCAUAAAAACUCACUGGUGGGUGUGCUGUAUUACCUCCAUUAAAAGUUUUAGUUGUCUACUUAAGGCCAAUACUCCAGAACUUCUCAUGCCUAAAUGCUGUUGCUGUAGGUGCUGCAAGGUAAAACGGUGUGUGAGAAAUAUGUCCUACAUUUUAAAACUGUUCAAGGGAGCACAAAGAGGCUGACUACAAAUCAUAAUGAACCUUUUUCUUACUUUGUAUUCUGGUGCAUUAACUAUUAAAUAUACAACACAUCAAAAUGGAAGUUUAAAUCUAAUAUACCUAUUUAAAGCAUAGCAUUGCUAGACAAAAUGGCUACAUAUCACAUGACAGCUUUACAUUCUAUAAGAAUUGCUAUCAAAACAUAAUUAUACUGUGGCUUGUACAGAAAAUCUGUUUUCUGGAAACUGUAAUGGAAUUAUUCAAUUUGGUUUGUUUUUAUUUCACUGCAAUAUAAAUAAUUUCAAUAAUAUUAACUAGCCCCUCAAAGGCAAAUACCAGUUCAUGAAGAGGGGAUUUUAUUAAACAAAUAAACUGUUCUAAUUAAAAUUCUCCUUUGUGUGUCAUCUGUUUAGAUUAAAAAAUCGUUGAAUGGAAAAUUCACUGUAAAAUACUGCCAACAUAUGUUAUGCUGUAAUAAAUUAUUUUGUACACACUU